UCUUAACGCGUCUCAGCCAGUUUUCAUUUUUUCAAUUUUGUUUAAUUUCAUUCUAUCACUCCAAUUUAUCAUCAAUCUCUUUACCCUUUUCGAUUUUUGUUGCUUAGAAUUUUAAUCUCCAAACUCUGUUUCCAUUUCUUCUUCACAUUUCAAGAGAAAAACAGAAAAAAAAAUAAAGCAAAAAAUAUGGCCAAAAUAUUGUUGCUGAUUGCGCUGUGUGUGCUUCCGGCCCUGGUUAGUGCUACACGCAUGGUGAAGAACCCAUUGGUGGUGCAAGGACCCGUGUACUGUGACCGCUGCCGUGCUGGGUUUGAAACCCCAAAGACUAGGAAUAUGGCUGGUGCCAAGGUGAAGGUGGAAUGCUCUGACAGGAAGACCGGCGAAGUUGUGUACAAGAGGGAGGGAUACACAGACUCAACUGGACAAUACAAGAUUGUUGUGUCUGAGGAUCAUUUGGAUGAGAUCUGUGAUGCUGUUCUUGUUAAGAGCUCCCAGCCUGACUGUGCUCAAAUGUCCCCAGGACGUGAACGUGCCCGUGUGAUCUUGACCAAUUUCAAUGGCAUUGCAUCCAACACUCGUUAUGCCAAUGCCAUGGGUUUCAUGGCUGAUGAGGCUGAAAGUGGCUGCACUGAGAUUUUGAAGUUGUACCAGGAGGAAGAUGAAUAGAGUGUGGUUUGGGGUUAUUUAUGAGUCUAAUUUACUAGUUAGCAUAUGAACUACUUGGCAUAUGAAUAUGCUGUUGUCUGCUAUUUGUUAUGUGAAUUGUUUCGUAAUUUCUCGGUUUAGAGGACGUAUAACUUAUUUUUGAAUUCUAUUAUAAUUCUAAUAUAAAAAUGCUACAGCUUCUGUCUUAGAAGUA